AUGGGAUCGAUCUCCCCUCAACGAACUGCCCUGCGGAUUCUCGACACGGUUGCUGAAUUUCAACCUGAUCAGAUUUACUGUAUUCAUCCUGUAUCCUCGGGUCCAUCUCUAGAAUGGAAGUCUAUCACCUUUGCAGACCUUUCCAGUGCAAUUAAUCGCAUGGCCGUGUGGAUAAAGAAAAAUGUCGCAGAUUCAGAGCACCCUCAAACCCUAGCAUAUAUGGGGCCCAACGACAUUCGCUACUGCAUCUUCGUCUUUGCGUGUAUGAGGCUUAGACACACUGCCCUGCUUCUCUCCACGCGCAACGCUACGCCGGCCUCGAGCCACGUUAUGAACGCUACCGGAUGUUCUAAAUUUGUGUAUAGCCCCGAGCGGACUAAGCAGAUUGAUGAGCUAAAAGCAGCCAAUCCGUCUCUGCAAACAUGGGUAGCUCCGGGGCCGUGGGAUCUGUUUGAUAAUUCAACCGAGCUUGAUACUGUGAUGAAGGAGACAUCAGAAGAUCCUGAAAAUCGAGUUGCAGUGUAUAUCCAUAGCUCGGGCACAACAGGCCUCCCCAAGCCAGUACCAAUGACUAACGGCUAUUUCCUCGCACUGGAGCAGACUGCUCUUUUCCCUCUCCCUGCUGGAAGAGAAUGUAGUUUUGCAACCACAAGGGGCCAAAGCCGACCGAUUUUUGUCAUGAGUCCCUUCUUCCACUUGAUGGGAAUUCUCAGUAUGAUGAUUCCAGUGAUGUACAACACACCAUUCGUUCUCAGCCCCGAGAAGCCUCUCACGGCCGAGCUCCUGGCGCAGAUCGUGAAGGACACAAAUCCCGACACAUCAAUCAUGGCACCAUCUAUCUUAGAAGAUCUCAGUCAAUCUGAGCUCGGGAUGAGCUCCCUGUCCACCUUCUCCAUGCUCACUUUCGGGGGUGCACCGUUAGCACAAGAAGUCGGGGAUAGAAUCUCCGAAAUUACACACCUUCAGUCAGUCUUGGGGUCAAGCGAAAAUGCAGUAUUCCGAGGAAUGAAGCACCAAGAUAAAAGUGACUGGAAAUAUCUGGAAUGGGACCCCAAUGCCGGCUAUGACAUGCGUGAUGCCGGCGACGGCCUCUUCGAGCUCGUCAUUCCCCGUUCAGAAGAUCCUCUGGCUCACCCCAUCUUCCACACUUACCCUGACAAGAAUGAGUACAAGACCGGAGAUCUCUUUUCUCCUCAUCCGGAGAAGAAUGGUCUCUGGCUAUACUCUGGACGCCAUGAUGAUGUGAUCGUUUUGAGCAAUGGAGAGAAGUUCAACCCAAUCACCAUGGAAGAGAUCAUCUCGGGCCACCCGCUCGUUUCUCGGGCUCUGGUUGUGGGCCAGGGCCGUUUCCAGGCUGGUGCGAUCAUAGAGCCUAAUUGGUCUGGCUGGAUUGGUGAACCUAAAUCAUUGAUUGAUGAGAUCUGGGCCAGUGUUCAGAAAGCCAAUGCGACCGCCCCUGGCCACGCCAAAAUCAUGAAGAACCGUAUCGGAGUGUUGUCCUCGGACAAGCGGUUUGAGCGGACCGCGAAAGGCACGGUGAAGCGACGUGCAACGGUGAAUGAAUUCGCGGACGAGCUCGAUGCGCUCUACGCCGCUGAUGAUCAAGUCAAUGUGGCACAGAUCCCUAAAGACGCGGCGCGUGAAAGUAUCAUCGCAUAUAUCACAGCUGCCGUGGCGAAGAUUCUGGACGUCCCAACGUUUGAUGAACAUGUUGAUAUCUUCUCAUCGGGACUUGACUCCCUCCAGACGCUUCGGUUGGGCCAAACCCUUCAGGCCUCUCUGAAGUCUGCUUUGCCUGAGUUGGGCGCAAUGUUCGGUAGCCCUCAAUUGUAUUCCCGUCCGACAAUCUCUCAGCUGUCCGGAUAUGUUCUUGAUCUUCUGCAAGGAAAUGACUCGCCUCCCGAUGCCGCUCACCUCGAGAGCGACGCCGAUCGGGAAACGAGAAUUUCUGGACUGGUCGGCAAGUAUACCGAAGACUUCGGCAAAGACCACGCAGUCAUUCUUACUGGUUCCACUGGGUCACUGGGAGCUUAUCUACUUCAUGAGUUGCUCCGCGAUCUUAGCGUCACCAAGAUCUACUGUCUCAAUCGGUCGGAUGAUGCAGCUCCCAGACAAUUGCAAAGCCUUCGCGAGAAAGGACUGGCGGCCUUCCAAAGAUUCCCCCAGCGAGUCGAGUUCCUUCAAGCCCAGUUUGGCGCCGAGCGACUGGGUCUCGAAGAAGCCAAAUAUGAAGAGAUGUUGGAGAGUGUGGACACCAUCAUCCACAACGCCUGGAAAUUGAGGCCUUCGAAACCCCCCCACAUCGAAGGGGUCCGUCGUCUGGUGGAAUUCAGUGUUGCGAGCGAGAACACCGCUCAUAUUCAUUUUAUUUCUUCCAUCUCCACUAUCGAGGGAUGCAACCCGGAGCGGGGUUCCUCGAUUCCAGAAAUCAUAUUUGAUGAACCCAGCUCGGCACUCAGACAAGGAUACGGCGAGUCCAAGCAUAUCGCCGAAAGAAUCUGCGCUGCUGCCUCUGCCAAGUGCGGUGUCCCAACUAGUAUCCAUCGGGUUGGGCAGAUCAGUGGUCCGACUACGGAGAAGGGCAUGUGGAAUAAGCAAGAGUGGGUGCCAUCGCUCGUUGCAACAUCCAAAACAAUCAAGCAGAUUCCGAAGGGGCUAGGAUCAGUAUCCGUACAGUGGGUUCCAGUAGAUGUGACUGCAAAGGUCAUCACCGACAUCGUUCGCACCCGCCGUGAGACCCAAGAAGACGAACCAUGCGCCGCCUUCCAUAUCGUGAACCCUCGAGCCACAGAAUGGUCAUCGCUUGUGCCAGCAGUUACCAAAUUCUUUGACAUGGAGGAGGUUGACAUCAAGACUUGGAUCCAGACCCUGGAAAGCUUUACCAGCCCCACAGAGAGUGAUCUUCGGGAUAAGCCAGCUCUCAAGAUCCUCGACUUCUUUAAAGCUAUCUCGUUCGCAGACGAGGCUGGUCCAUGGACAGCAACCACCAAGACUCAGGCUGCUAGUAAGACACUACGCCAAUUGCAGGCGAUUGACGCUCCAUUGAUGGAGAAUUGGAUGAAACAGUGGGACUUCUGA